GUCCGAGGAACGCCUGCCAAAUUCACACGUUUUGAAAGCAAUAAUCUAGUCCUCAACAUAUGUACUUCCAUCAACUUCCAAGCCACGGUAUUUCCGACAAUGACCGUUUCGAGUUUCCUGACGCAGUCUCAAUCCAGCGAACAUUGGAGCCAGAGAAUCAUGCUGCUAUCUCCACCUCACUGAAGGCCGUCAAGGAGAACCUCAUCCGGUACCAUCAGUUCCACGUUCUUACUGAGCCUUCCGAUAAACUGCGAGCAUUGGAUUACCUAUCGCUCCAUAUGAUGGCGCCGCCGAGUUUACCGCAGAGGAUCGAGGACCUCAUCACCCUCUUUGGCGAUGAAGAGUACCAACAGAAUGCCGUUCCAGAUGAGACCGACUUUCUGAACAGGAACGAGGUGCAACCUCUCGUGGGAGAGGAACAAGUGAAGUAUGAGAAGGCGUGAUACUCAUGAACAAUGAACGUGAUAGCGUAUUUCGGACCCUUGCAAUUUUUUGUCAUAUCGGAAGGACGUAUCAGUGCACUAGCUUGGCAUCUGUCCACCGCCAAUUAACAACACUAACCUGACCCGAUGUCCGGAACCGGCACUUCGUACCUCCAGUGACAUUUUGCAUGGAGUGAUUGUGACUUUCGUGUAUCCAAUGAGCUCCAAUCUUUUAUGGGACAAAAAGUUGACCACAUUUGACGUCAG